AUGAAAUUCCUUCACAAGCUCACCAAAUCGAGAAGCAAAGACAUCUAUUUCUGCCUUCCACAAGAGUCUUUAGGUCUUGGAAUUCAUACACUGGUGAACAACGGUGAUUACAAGGAAUUUUUGGAUUUGGCGUAUGCUAAUGACAAGAGAAUGAAUGUAUAUGUGGAUCACCAUAAUGAACCUAUCUUCGACUGGAUUGAGGCUGAGGAAAGUGAAAGUGAAAACGAAGACUUAGAUGAAGAUGAGGAUUCAGUUAUUCAAGAUUCAUAUUCUGUUGAUCAUGAAGAAUAUGAUGCUACCUAUCCAUUUCCAGCAAACAAAACUGCACGUGAUAGAUUUUUAAACAUCCUUUGUGAACCUAUAGAGAGUGAAGAUCAAGAUGAUGAAUACGUGCCACCCCAGUACCCUGUGUAUGAUGAGAGACAGCCAUGGGAUCAGAUGAAACCAAUUAUAGAUGGAUAG